AUGAUGAUUGGUGGCGGAAGAGCCCCUCAAGUCGGUGCUUUACCCAUUGAUGUCGGCACUUUGCCUACUCAAGUCGGUGCUUUGCAUACUCGAUUCGCUGUUCUGCCCAUCCAAGCCGGUCCUGUCUCUACCCAAGACGGUCAAUCAGCCACUCAAGAUGAUCGUCCCGAGAAAAGGAAUGGCCGAUACCAGACCCCCGGCCUCCGCGCUAGAGUCGAGACGCUCGAAGAGGACAACGCAACUCUUAGCGCGCAGAUACAGUCGCUCGUGGAUCACAAUGGCAACAUGUGUGGACGCCUCGAGCGAUUUGAGGCAUUCAUGGUCUCUUCGACGAUAGCUUCACUUUUCCAUCCCCAGGCCCCUCCACCACCAUCCCGCACGCUAUCGGAGGCGAACGUCAGUUGA